AUGGAAACCGAGAUUCAAGGAGACGAUUGGGAUAUCCCUUGUUCAGAUGACGAACUGGCGAAAAACGGCGUUUUUAUUGGAAAAAGCUGGAUGCCGGAACCGGCCGAAUUAGAGGAACUUUACAAAAACAUCGACAAAAAGGGUAUAUUAAACCUAGAAUGGAAAUGUCCAGGACGCAGGCAACCAUCUCCCGUGCCUGUCAGCAAGGAAAACCAGCCUGAGUUACCUCAAUCGCCAAUCCGGGAAGAAAAGUCAGACUUUGAUUUCAUGGAUGAGGUUAGUUCAUUGCGGCUGCGGGUAAGACGGGAAGGGGAAGACACGUUGAGAGGUUCUGCUAAGAAAAAGACAACUUCUUUUGAUGGUAUUCUUUCGAAUAUGAUAAGGCAUAAAAGAAUAGAGCAGAUGGAAAAACAAGCGAAAACAUCACCCUCAACUACUUCAAGUAACUAAGAUACACAAAAAAUUACUACUUAGUUGCAGGACUAUCUUAUUAUUUAGUAGUUGUUUAAUAAUAAAAAGUUGUUUAAAUUUGGUUAAAAAAAUUGGAAACCACCAGCAUUUACGAUUCUGUGUUCAUUUGUUAUUUUUAAGGUAUAUUUAUUUAAUAAAAACCUUUUCAUUAA